CUUCGCUUCCUCUUCCUUUUUCGUAUCUCUCUACCCCGGACCUCGUCGCCGUCAACGACGCUUUGACGACAACGACGACGACGACCGCCGCCCGCCAUGGUUCGCAAGCUCAAGUAUCAUGAGCAAAAGCUCCUUAAAAAAGUUGAUUUUCUCAAUUGGAAACAAGACGCCAACUUUCGUGAAAUCAAGGUCAUGCGUCGAUACCAUGUCCAGGAUCGAGAGGACUACCACAAGUACAACAAACUUUGUGGUUCUCUGAGAUCCUUUGCGCAUCGCGUCUCGAUUUUACCUGCCCGAGACCCAUUCCGACCUCGCAUGGAGAGCCAACUCCUAGCGAAACUGUACGAUAUAGGAAUUCUCAAUUCCACCGCGAAACUAAGCGACGUUGAUAAAAUCACGGUUGCCGCUUUCUGUCGUCGGCGUCUAGCCGUAUUCAUGUGCAUGUCCAAGAUGACAGAGACUGUCAGCGCAGCCGCAAAAUUCAUAGAGCAGGGGCAUGUUCGAGUCGGACCGGACACCAUUACGGAUCCUGCAUUCUUGGUGACGAGACGAAUGGAGGACUUUGUCACCUGGGUCGAUACGUCGAAACUCAAACGGACGAUCAUGUCCUACAAUGACGAACUGGACGACUACGACCUGCUAUGACCAGACUGACCGGCAAAAGUACCGGUACCACAUUGUGUUCAAUCAUCUGUCUUUUGACGAAUGGUGUUCACCGGUGUAAUUACGUGUUAAUGAUACCACUCCUACAAAUGUAUCUCCGGCCACCAUCUGGACCAACAUAGGACCACAUGAAUCUCGCAUCAUUAGACGCAAUCUGAAGAUGGGACUAUGUUACUCGUGUUUUCGUCAACGUGCAGAUGCAAAUAGUGAAGGAUGUCUCCUCUCAGAGUUGUAGCAUAUAUGUUGCUCUGUCCACCGUAGAAUACGAAAUGCAUGUUAACGCCCCGUUGCUAGACAGAUAUUUGAUGAAAUACCAACAAUUUCAAAG